UCAGUAAUACCUAACACGCUGUAAUCGCCAUUCAGUAUUCAUUAUUUUCAAUUUUGCUUUCACUUCGAAUUUGUUGAGUUAUAGACUCAUUUUCCUUUUGUGGCACUCUCUUUUCUUGUGAUUUUUCGUUAACGUUAGUCAAUUGAAGAUGAGUACCGCUCCCGGAAAAGAUCUGUCCAGUCUGGAGCAGCAGUCGGCUACUCCAGACUUGCAAAACACGAAUGCAAAAAAACAAGGUUCUACUCCUAUCCUUAAAAACAAGAAAACAGACUCUAAAAAAAAUGAAAAAGCAUCAAAACCGCAAAAGUCCGUUGAAGACAAUAGUAAGCAACAAGGAAAGUUUGUCGAACUACCAGGAGCUGAAAUAGGAAAAGUUGUUGUUAGAUUUCCUCCAGAAGCAAGUGGAUAUUUGCAUAUUGGUCAUGCAAAAGCUGCUCUAUUAAAUCAACACUAUCAAUUGGCUUUUAAUGGCCGCCUAAUAAUGCGUUUUGAUGAUACAAAUCCAGCAAAAGAGAAAGAAGAUUUUGAGAAGGUUAUAUUAGAAGACGUUGAAAUGUUAAAAAUUAAACCUGACACUUUUACAUAUACUUCUGAUCAUUUUGAUAAAAUGUUAGAUAUAUGUGAGAAUGGAAUGUUAAAAGAAGGUUUAGCUUAUGUGGAUGACACCGAUGGAGAUAAAAUUCGUUUGGAACGUGAACAACGGAUAGAUUCAAUAAAUAGAAACAACUCAAUUGAAAAGAACUUAGAGUUGUGGAAACAAAUGGUCUUAGGAACAGAAAUUGGUCAAAAGUGUUGUGUUCGUGCUAAAAUUGAUAUGCAAUCGGCAAAUGGAUGUAUGCGUGAUCCAACAAUAUAUCGUUGUAAACCUGAACACCAUCCUAGAACUGGUGAUAAGUAUAAAGUAUAUCCAACUUAUGACUUCGCUUGUCCUAUUGUGGAUAGUUUAGAAGGUGUUACUCAUUGUUUACGUACCACAGAGUAUACUGAUCGUGAUGCACAAUAUUAUUGGUUCUGCGAUGCAUUAAAACUCGGAACCCGCAACAAUGAAACCCGACCUUAUGUGUGGUCAUAUUCGAGAUUAAAUAUGACCAAUACUGUUCUGUCAAAAAGAAAGUUAACUUGGUUUGUUGAACAAGGUCACGUGGAUGGAUGGGAUGAUCCACGCAUGCCAACUGUUCGUGGUGUAUUAAGGAGAGGUAUGCAGGUGGAAGCAUUAAAACAAUUCAUAGUGGCCCAAGGAUCUUCCAGAACUGUUACAGCCAUGCAAUGGGAUAAAAUUUGGUCAUUGAACCGUAGUAUCAUUGAUUUAAUAGCACCAAGACAUACUGCUUUAUUGUUAUCCAAUUCAAAUAAAGAAAAUGCUGUAUUAUCUUAUCCGCCAGUUGAAGUUGUGGUAGAGAAUGUUGAAAAACCAUGUAAAAUUGAAAAUGUCCUUAGACAUCCUAAAAAUUCCCAACUAGGAUUAAAAAAUUGUGUCUGGGCUGCACCUAAAAUUCUUAUAGAUUAUAGUGAUGCAGAGUUAUUAGAAGUUGGACGUCGAGCCACAUUUAUUAACUGGGGCAAUCUUUUAAUAAAUCGUAUUGAAAGGAAUCAAGAUAAUAAUAAAAUAGAGAAAAUUUAUGCAGUCACUAAUCUUGAAAACACAGAUUUUAAAUCUACAGUUAAAGUUACUUGGCUACCAAGUACUGAUUAUUCAGAAUCUGAAGAAGUCUUGCCUAUUCUUGUACCAGUUGUAUGUGUUUAUUUUGAUCAUUUAAUCAGUAAAGCAGUAUUAGCCAAAGAUGAUGAUUUCAAGCAAUAUUUAAAUACAGAAAAUAGUCGUUGGGAAUUGCAAAUGUUAGGUGAUUCAGAAUUGAAAGAUUUAAAAAAAGGAGACGUGAUUCAAUUACAACGUAGAGGUUACUUUAUAUGUGAUUCAACGUACCAACCAUUCAGUAUUCACACGGGGAAGCAAACGCCAUUAGUGUUAUUUAAUAUACCUGAUGGUCACACGAAAACAGCUCCAAUAACUACUGUUCCUGUAGCAAUUGCCCAAAGUGAUGCCAAGAAAAAUACAAAUAAGAAUGUUGACACUUUAAUCAUUCAAAUAAAUGAUCAAGCUAAAAAAGUCCAUUGUAUGAAGGCUGACUUGGAAGAAGCUGAAAAAGUGUUACUUUUUUUGAAAGCUGAAUACAAAACUAUCACAGGGGAUGAUUUUCCUGCCAAGGGUAUUCCAACACCAAAGCAACCUAAUACAUCCAAUUCUGAACUAAGUAAACCUUCAGUAGAUGCCAUUGUGAUAAAAAUUAAUGAACAAGGAGAUAAAGUGCGAACGAUGAAAAGUAGUAAUGCUCCUAAAGCAGACGUUGGGGAAGCUGUCAAAGUAUUACUUGCUUUGAAAGCAGAGUACAAAACUAUCACAGGGGAUGAUUUUCCUGCCAAGGGUAUUCCAACACCAAAGCAACCUAAUACAUCCAAUUCUGAACUAAAUAAACCUUCAGCAGAUGCCAUUGUGAUAAAAAUUAACGAACAAGGAGAUAAAGUGCGAACGAUGAAAAGUAGUAAUGCUCCUAAAGCAGACAUUGGGGAAGCUGUCAAAGUAUUACUUGCUUUGAAAGCUGAAUACAAAACUAUCACAGGAGUAGACUUUCCUGCCAAGGGUAUUCCAACACCAAAGCAACCUAAUACAUCCAACUCUGAACUAAAUAAACCUUCAGCAGAUGCCAUUGUGAUAAAAAUUAACGAACAAGGAGAUAAAGUGCGAACGAUGAAAAGUAGUAAUGCUCCUAAAGCAGACGUUGGGGAAGCUGUCAAAGUAUUACUUGCUUUGAAAGCUGAAUACAAAACUAUCACAGGAGUAGACUUUCCUGCCAAGGGUAUUCCAACACCAAAGCAACCCGAUACAUCCAAUUCUGAACUAAGUAAACCUUCAGCAGAUGCCAUUGUGAUAAAAAUUAACGAACAAGGAGAUAAAGUGCGAACGAUGAAAAGUAGUAAUGCUCCUAAAGCAGACGUUGGGGAAGCUGUCAAAGUAUUACUUGCUUUGAAAGCAGAGUACAAAACUAUCACAGGGGAUGAUUUUCCUGCCAAGGGUAUUCCAACACCAAAGCAACCUAAUACAUCCAAUUCUGAACUAAAUAAACCUUCAGCAGAUGCCAUAGUGAUAAAAAUUAACGAACAAGGAGAUAAAGUGCGAACGAUGAAAAGUAGUAAUGCUCCUAAAGCAGACGUUGGGGAAGCUGUCAAAGUAUUACUUGCUUUGAAAGCAGAGUACAAAACUAUCACAGGGGAUGAUUUUCCUGCCAAGGGUAUUCCAACACCAAAGCAACCUAAUACAUCCAAUUCUGAACUAAAUAAACCUUCAGCAGAUGCCAUAGUGAUAAAAAUUAACGAACAAGGAGAUAAAGUGCGAACGAUGAAAAGUAGUAAUGCUUCUAAAACUGAUAUUGAAGAACAAGUAAAAGUUCUAUUAACUUUAAAAAAUGAUUAUAAAUCAAUGACUGGUAAAGAAUAUCAACCUCCAACUAAUACUGGCAGAUCAUCAACUACAUCAGAUAAAAAAGCGAAGAAAAAAGACAAUAUUGCUGUGACCACUUCUAAAACAGUUGAUAAUACAAACACCAAAAAAGUAACUAAAUUAGGAUUAGAAGUACCAAAAGUGUCAGAAAAUCUUGGAGAAUGGUAUUCUCAAGUGUUAGUUAAAGGUGAAAUGAUUGAGUACUAUGACGUAAGUGGAUGUUACGUGCUCAGGCCUUGGGCUUACAGAAUAUGGGAAUUAAUACAAGAAUGGUUUGAUGCUCGGAUUAAAAGAAAGCCUCUUAAUGUGCGCAAUUGCUACUUUCCAAUGUUUGUAUCACAAGGUGCAUUAGAAAGAGAAAAAGAACAUAUUGCAGAUUUUGCACCAGAAGUGGCUUGGGUUACCAAAUCUGGCGAAACAGACUUAGCUGAGCCUAUUGCUAUAAGACCAACCAGCGAAACAGGGAUGUAUCCAGCAUUUGCCAAAUGGAUUCAGUCUUAUCGAGACUUGCCUUUGAAACUCAAUCAAUGGAACAGUGUUGUGAGAUGGGAAUUCAAACACCCUCAACCCUUCUUGAGAACUAGAGAGUUUUUGUGGCAAGAAGGUCAUAAUGCAUAUGCAACUAGAGAAGAAGCAGAAUGUGAUGUAUUAAUAACAUUAGGUUAUUAUGAAUAUGUUUAUAAGAAUAUGCUGGCAGUACCAGUUAUAAAAGGUAAAAAAACAGAAAAAGAAAAGUUUGCUGGAGGAGUAUUUACUACUACUUGUGAAGCAUAUGUAGCAUCCAGCGGUCGAGCAAUUCAGGGCGCCACUUCACAUUAUCUGGGUACCAAUUUUGCACAUAUGUUUGAUGUCCAUUUUGAACAUCCAGAUACACAUGAAAGAACAUUUGUUCAUCAGAUUUCAUUUGGAAUGACCACUAGAACAAUUGGUGUUAUGGUAAUGGUUCAUGGUGAUGAUCGUGGGCUUGUUUUACCUCCACGCAUAGCAUCUAUUCAGGUUAUUAUAGUGCCAUGUGGUGUUGGUGCUAGUACAGCAGACAAAGUCAAAGAGAACUUGACUAAAACCUGUUUAGAUGUAUGUAACCGUUUAAAAGGAGAUAGUUUAAUAAAAAAUGACGAUGAAAAUGACAAUAGUGUUGCCCAACAUCGUAAGUCUACAACAAUAAUUAGGGCAGAUACAGAUUUGCGGGAUAAUUAUUCACCUGGAUGGAAGUUCAACCACUGGGAAUUAAAGGGAGUUCCAUUGAGGUUAGAAAUUGGACCAAAAGACUUGGAUAAAAACCAAAUGGUAGCUGUACGGCGGGAUAAUGGAGAGAAACUAACUAUUCCCUUAGAGGGAUGUUCAAAUGAUGAUGGUGGAAAUGACAAGAUGGUUGUAAGAAUAACUGAAUUAUUGAAUCAAAUACAGCAAGAUAUGUACGCUAAAGCAGAAAAGGAAAUGAAAGAAAACGUUGUGAUAUGUCGUAAAUGGUCUGAAUGUGCUGCACAUUUAGCUGCAAAACGUUUAUUAUUGAUACCGUUUUGUGGACGCCCUACCUGCGAGGAUAACAUCAAACGAGAUACCACAUUGGAUGAUGGUACCGCGGAAGUUGGAGCUUCGACAAUGGGAGCAAAGUCAUUAUGUGUGCCAUUUGAACAACCUAAGGGGGAUGAACAAUUGAAGUCCACCGAUCAAUGUAUACAUCCAGAAUGUGGACAAACAGCUGGAUCAUUUACUCUGUUUGGACGCAGUUAUUAAACUGAAAUGUUCAUUAAUUUAUUAAAUGAAACUAUAAUGUGCAUUUUGUUUAAACUUUUGUGUAAAAAUUACAACUGUUUUUGAUGAUUAUGAAUUAAUACAAUACCAUUAUUUACAAA